AUGCUGUCGAGCAUCAUCACGACUUCAUUCCUUCUCGGCGCUGCGUUCGCCGCACAAACAUCAUCACCAACUGUAGUAUGCGUUGCCGGCCAAUGCCUCGAGGGGUUCACUAACACAACGAUCGGCGCGACUCUGUCUGCGUCUGGGGCCGCAACCAGCCUACUCCUGUUACCGGGACAGUACACGUCCACGACCAACCCAUCUCUCCUUCACGACCUCCUCACAUCCUCAAGCGCAUCCGUAUCCGGCUCUCCAGGGUUCGAUGCCAACGCGUCAUUGCCCCUCAACCUCGCUCUGCAGCCCGGAGUGGCGGUCUACCCGCAAGCGAACUACUCCGGACAAGCAACCUUUGCCCAGCUUCCCAGCACACCCUCGAACACUACCUCGAAGAUCUCCCCAGGCGCACUCGCGAUCUCGUCAAACGUAUGGAUCGCGGUCUCCGGCUCCUCCAGCGAUCGCCUCGUCUUCUGGGACAGCGUGCCCGACGCUUCGCAGCUGCCUUCAGGCGCGUCCGGUCUCUCUCAGCUGCUCGACAUCCAGUCCUCUGCGUGCUCUCCCCCGUGUGCCGGUGCCGGUGUGUGUUCCGCUUCUGGUACGUGCACCUGCCCACCCGGGUUCAACGGCACGUCUUGCGAGACCUGCGCUCCCGGAUUCUUCGGUUCCACCUGCCAAGCAUGCCCCGCGGAUUGUGCCACCUGCGACGAUGGUAUGACGGGUUCUGGACGGUGCCUGGAACCGAUCAUUAAGAACGCGCCGUCGACGUGCAACUGUCUCAACGGUGUCUGCGGUUCUGACGGGACUUGUACCUGCAAUGCUGGUUGGACCACGGGGACAAACGGCACUGCGUGCGCCAAGUGCGACACUGGCUUUUUCCUCGGCACCGAUGGGAACUGCGAGAUUUGCAGCCUUGGUUGCACCCAGUGCGCGGACGGCAGCGGUGACUGCAUCUCUUGCAAGACGGGCUUCACCCAGAAUGCGAACGACCGCACGCAGUGCAUCGCGAGCCAAGCGACGACUUCGACCGGAACCGUCUGCCCCGACGGCAGCUUCAGCAACGGCACGGCCUGUCAGCCUUGCUCUCCCCUUUGCCAGACGUGCUCCGGUCCCACGUCGAAUGAUUGUAUCAUUUGCGGCGCUGGGAAGUACUCCUCGAACGGCAACUGCGUCGGUACCGAUGGCAAUGGUGUUUGCGACGGCUCUGCCUUGGUCGCGGAUAACAACAAGCACGAAUGCGACACUUGCCCCUCGAAGUGCACAACCUGCCAGUAUCCCAGCUUCAAUGUGGCAUCGACAAUCGACCAGGUCCAGUGCACCGGAUGCCUACCUGGCUCUGUUCUGUCGAAGGGCAAGUGUGUCGACAGCUGCCCGACUGGCACGUUCCUCGAUCCUAAGGACAAUGUGACCUGCACAGCUUGCGAUUCAUCGUGCGGAACCUGCGCUGGCUCGGCGACGUUCUGUCUGUCAUGUGCCAACAAUCAGCUUGCGGCUAACGGGAAAUGCGUCGCCUCCUGCCCCUCGAACACGUUCAGCUCCUCCGGGCAGUGCGUCACUUGCCAUCCCGACUGCGCAACGUGCUCUGGAAGCUCCUUCAACCAGUGCACAAGCUGUUCCGCCGACCGCCCGGUGCUCACCAGCGGCCGUUGCCUGCCCACCUGCAGCAAGAACCAGUUCUUCGACAAGACCUCGUCAUCAUGCCAGUCGUGUGACGCUAGCUGUUCAAGCUGCUCCGGCGCGGGUCCAAGCAACUGUCUCGCGUGCUCGAGUUCCAGCCAAGUCCUUCGAGGCGGAACGUGUGUGUCUUCGAGCUGCAGCGGUGGCUCGAGCGUCAUUCCUGGGCUCGGUCUCUGCCUCUCCGACCUCGUCGUGGUCCCGCCUGCAUCCACCACCAACUCUGCCUCCCCGCUGCCCACCAUCACCGGCAUCGACACUCCUAUCUCGACCGCCCCGGCAUCCAGCACCACCGUCGUCAAGCGCUCCCUCCAAUGGUGGGAGAUCCUGCUCAUGGCGCUCGGCUGCGCGUUCAUCUUCGUGGUCUUCCUCAUGUGCUGGCGCCGCCGCAUGCGCAAGCGCCGUGUCGCCGCGACCGCCAACUUCGCGGCCGCAAAGCAGCUGAACCACUCCAAGAGCUGGCGGUACCGCCUCGUACGGUUCGGUGAGAAGCUCUUUGGCCACCGCAAGGGCCAACGCUGGAUGAUGCCGAAGGAGAACGAGGACAUCCGGCUGGAGAAGCUCCGCGCCGCGGAGGAGGCGCGCUACGACCAUGGCCUCGAGAAGAUGCGCGUGGCCGAGGACGCACGGCACGACCGCGACAUGGCGAAGCUCCGCCAGUCCGAGCUCCGCCACGACCGCGAGAUGGACAAGCUCAUCCACUCGUACGAGUACUCGCGGGUGGGAUCGAGUCGCGCGCCGUCGCCGCUCCCUUCGCUGCGCGACUACGACGGGGACCGACAUUCGCACAAGGCGAGCAGCAAGGGUUCCGACCACGGGCGCGUCGCCCGCGACCUCGCGCAGGAGUCUCUGUACUCGCAGGUCACUGGGCAGCCGCGGCGCGCCCCUGAGCCGCGGCAGCCUGUGCGGAACGCCGCGGACUUGCUCCCCUCGCGGUUCUCCAACACGACGUACAGCAGUUGGCUGGUCCCCGACCCUCCUGCGGCGCCUCCCGUUCCCGUUCACUCUGCGCCGACUCCUGCACAGGAGUACGCGCGGUCGGUGGCGCAGUUGACACAGCAGCCGGAGUCGCCUCCGCAGCGCGGGGCAUACUGGCUGCAGCCGACGAACACCGGUGGAUCGCGGAACCCUUUCCUUCGAUGAACGAUGAACUCGGACAUUUUCGUCUUCGUUCCCUGUUAGUGAUACAUUCCCUUCGAGCUUCGGACUAAUACAUACUACGUUUACGUUCCCCGGAUGGACGUGCCCAUUGACUAUCGCUGCGAGAUAGCUGUAUACUUACCUUACCUGCACAUGGCUUGCGACUCACGCAUGUAAUUGGAAACUGUAGCCCUAUUAACGAUCAUACGCUCAAUGCACUUUGC